AUGUCAAAAGAUUUAUCUGUUGAUGUGGCACCUGAAAACCUUAAAGAAGAUGGCAGACCAAAGUGGGACAAUAAGUUUCAGUACAUUUUAAGCUGUAUUGGAUUUGCUGUCGGUUUGGGGAACGUGUGGCGAUUUCCAUACUUGUGUCAGAUACAUGGAGGCGGAGCAUUCCUGAUCCCAUACUUCAUUGCGCUCAUCUUCGAAGGAAUCCCACUGCUACAUCUUGAACUUGCCCUAGGACAGCUCCUGAGGAAAGGCAGCAUUGGGGCCUGGAAUACCAUCUCGCCUUACCUUGGAGGAGUCGGAGUUGGCUCAUGGAUAGUGUCAGUUCUGGUGAGCUUGUACUACAACACUGUUUUAACCUGGGUGAUGUGGUAUUUCAUAAACUCCUUCCAAGAGCCCCUUCCUUGGAGUGUUUGUCCUCUAAAUGAGAAUAGAACAGGACUCGAUGAAGAAUGUUAUGAAAGUACUGCAGUAAAUUAUUUUUGGUACAGGAAAACUUUGAAUAUAACACCUGAUGUUACCGAGACUGGCACACUGCAGUGGUGGCUUGUUUUGUGCUUAGCAGCUUGCUGGGGAAUUGUAUAUCUCUGCACCAUCCGAGGGAUUGAAACCACAGGAAAGGCAAUUUAUGUAACAGCAAUAUUCCCAUACUUGGUCCUAACUAUAUUCCUUAUUCAUGGACUCACUUUACCAGGAGCAACUGAAGGACUCGCUUAUCUCUUCACCCCUGAUCUGAACAUUUUGAAAAAUCCCCGUGUAUGGCUUGAUGCAGCUACCCAGAUUUUCUUCUCUCUCUCUUUGGCUUUUGGAGGGCUUAUUGCCUUCUCAAGCUACAAUCCACCAAAAAAUGACUGUGAAAAGGAUGCUGUGACGGUAGCAGUUGUGAACUGCUUCACAUCCCUCUAUGCUUCCAUCCCAAUCUUCUCCGUUUUGGGGUUUAAAGCAACCACUGGCUAUUGGGACUGCUUGGACAGAAACAUUAUCAGCGUCAUCAAUAAAUUUGAUCUUCCGGAACAAAGUAUCACACGACAGAACUACACAACCUGGAUUAGGCUCCUGAAUUCAUCAUAUCCAGAAAAAAUUGCUGGACUCAAACUGAAAAGUUGUGACCUUCAAGAAUUUCUUGAUCAGAGUGUAUCAGGAACUGGCUUGGCUUUCAUUGCUUUCACUCAAGCAGUUACUCUAAUGCCAGGCUCACAGGCCUGGGCCAUCCUGUUCUUCAUAAUGUUGUUCAGUUUGGGCCUUUCUUCUAUGUUUGGAAAUAUUGAGGGAGUCUUCACUCCUCUUUUGGAGCUUCAAAUUAUAUCUAAAUCAACACCCAAAGAGCUUAUAUCUGGUAUAAUAUGCCUUAUUUCCUUCCUUAUUGCUCUCUGUUUUACACUGGGUUCAGGGAGUUACUGGAUUGACAUUUUUGACAGCUAUGCAGGCUCCUUGCCUCUGCUAGUCAUUGCUUUCUUUGAAGUGACUGGGGUUGCAUAUGUCUAUAAAAUUAAAAGGUUCAGUGAAGAUGUGAAAUGGAUGACCGGACGAAACCCAAACCUCUACUGGCAGAUCACAUGGAGGUUUAUUAGCCCUCUGCUCCUGCUAAUUGUCUUUGUGGCCUUUGUAACACUUCAGAUGCAGAAGCCACCAAGCUAUGCAGCCUGGAACCCUAAAUACGAAAAUUUCCCCAUGAAAGAAGAGAAAGUCUAUCCACCUUGGGUACUGGCUAUCUGUGUGCUGUUAACUCUCCUCCCUUGUUUAAUUGUACCUCUGGUAGCACUCUUUCAUCUGAUCAAACAAAUGCUUGCAAGCAAGGACCCAAGUUCUGAGCCACCAGAAGUGUUUUCAUGUCAGGGGGGUAAUAGCAACUUUUCUCAUUCAAAAAUAUAA